AUGGCUAAAAAGUUGGUAGAUGGACAAAUCAUUAUAGAGCUGGUUGCAAUUAAAACUUUGAAGAAAAUAGGAGGAGGGCAUUAUAAUGAGCAGGGAAAGAAGGAUGUAAGAUGGACAGACAUGUGUGAAUCUCUUCCGAUAAAACACCCAUAAACCAUAUUUUGUGGAGAAUACUAAAGGGGGGAAAAAAUUGGCCUUCUGGGAAUAUAUGGAAUAAUAAAAAAUUGGAAAUACAGUGAUAAUGAAGUAUGGUCUUGA